AUGGCCAACAAACCUCAGAAGGUGUGCUUUGUGACUAUUGGCGCUACAGCUCCGUUCGAUACCUUGCUUUCGAAUGUUUUAGACAGCGAUUUCCUCGAGGCGCUCAAAACUCAUGAAUAUACAAAACUUCUGAUCCAGUACGGAAAAGAGGGCCGUGCUAUCUUUGACACAUUCAUCCAAAACGCUCCCCCCGAAAGCCCUGCACGCUAUGGUCUUGUUAUCCAAGGGUUCGGCUUUAGACAGGAAGGACUUCUCCAGGAGAUGCGCUCAACCCAAUCAAAUAAAGCUCUGGAUACUGUGGAGGGAAUGAUUCUCAGCCAUGCGGGAUCGGGCUCGAUCAUGGAAGCCUUGCGCAUCGGCGUGCCUCUCGUCGUGGUACCAAAUCCAGCACUCCAAGGCAACCACCAAGAAGAGCUUGCCAAAGAGAUUGAGAAUAACGGCUGGGCCGUUGCCGGACAGUUAAACCGUCUCGCGGAUUCCGUUCAGAAAGCAGAGAGCCUUCGCAGCCUCUCACGAAUUUGGCCGCCAAAGGACAGUGUCGGAUCGAGACAUAAAAGGGGCUUGGCCGGCGUUGUGGAAGACGAGUUGGGUUUCUUGGAUUAG